AUGAGCACCAAGGCCUUCACCCUGGUCCCCGCCAUCGAGCGGGAGCAGCUGCUGGGCGACCGGGACCGGGGGUUACUGGAGUGUGUGGAGUGCUGCGGCCGGAACCUCUACGUGGGCACCAGCGACUGCUUCGUGUACCACUUCCUGCUGGAGGAGAAGCCCUCGCCCGGCGGGUCGGCCACAUUCACAGCCACCAAGCAGCUGCACAGACACCUGGGUUUCAAGAAGGCGGUGAGCGAGCUGCGGGCCGCGUCGGCGCUCAGCCGGCUGCUGGUGCUGUGCGACGGCUGCAUCAGCCUGGUCCAUAUGCUGAGCCUGGAGCCCGUGCCCUCGGGCGCCCGCAUCAAGGGGGCCACGGCCUUCGCCUUGAACGAGAACCCGGUGAGCGGGGACCCCUUCUGCGUGGAGGUGUGCAUCAUCUCGGUCAAGCGCAGGACCAUCCAGGUCUUCCUGGUGUACGAGGACCGCGUCCAGAUUGUCAGGGAGGUGUCCACGCCGGAGCAGCCCCUGGCCGUGGCCGUGGACGGCCACUUCCUGUGCCUGGCCCUCACCACCCAGUACAUCAUCCUCAACUACAGCACGGGCGUUGCCCAGGACCUGUUCCCGUUCUGCAGCGAGGAGCGGCGGCCCAUCGUCAAGAGGAUCGGGAGACAGGAGUUCCUCCUGGCGGGCCCUGGGGGACUGGGCAUGUUCGCCACAGUGGCUGGGAUCUCUCAGCGCGCACCUGUUCGCUGGUCGGAGAAUGUGAUCGGAGCGGCCGUCUGCUUCCCAUACGUCGUCGCCUUGGAUGAUGAGUUCAUCACCGUGCAUAGCAUGCUGGAUCAGCAGCAGAAGCAGACCCUGCCCUUUAAGGAAGGCCACAUCCUCCAGGAUUUUGAAGGAAGAGUGAUCGUUGCCACCAGUAAAGGUGUUUACAUCUUGGUUCCACUACCUCUGGAAAAACAAAUACAGGACCUGUUAGCCAGCCGCCGAGUGGAGGAGGCUCUGGUUCUCGCGAAAGGCGCCCGGAGGAACAUCCCGAAGGAAAAAUUUCAGGUCAUGUACCGGCGGAUCCUGCUGCAGGCGGGCUUCAUACAGUUUGCACAGCUCCAGUUCCUGGAGGCUAAAGAACUCUUCAGGAGCGGCCAGCUCGACGUGCGGGAGCUCAUCUCCCUGUACCCGCUCCUGCUGCCCACGUCCUCCUCGUUCACCCGCUCCCACCCACCCCUGCACGAGUUCGCAGACCUCAACCAGCUGACACAGGGUGACCAGGACAAGGUGGCCAAAUGCAAGCGCUUCCUCAUGAGUUACCUGAACGAGGUCCGCAGCACGGAGGUGGCCAACGGCUACAAGGAGGACAUCGACACAGCCCUGCUCAAGCUGUACGCCGAGGCCGACCACGACAGCCUGCUGGACCUGCUGGUCACCGAGAACUUCUGUCUGCUGCCCGACAGCGCCGCCUGGCUGGAGAAGCACAAAAAGUACUUUGCUCUGGGCCUGCUCUAUCAUUACAACCACCAAGAUGCCGCUGCAGUUCAGCUCUGGGUGAGCAUCGUGAAUGGGGACGUUCAGGACCCCACGCGCUCAGACCUGUAUGAGUACAUCGUGGACUUCCUCACCUACAGCACCGACCCCGGCCUCGUGUGGCGGCAUGCCGACUGGGUCCUGCAGAGAAGUCAGGAGGUCGGGGUUCAGGUUUUCACCAGGAGACCACUGGACGAACAGCAGGGUGGUUUUAACCCAGAUGAUAUCAUCAGUUGCCUUAAGAAAUACCCUCAAGCCCUGGUUAAGUACCUGGAGCAUCUCGUCACAGACAGGAGACUGCAGAAGGAGGAGUACCACACGCACCUGGCCGUCCUCUACCUGGACGAGGUGCUGCAGCAGAGACCCUGCACCCCUGACAAGGGUGCAGAAGUGACCGAGACACAGGCGAAGCUGCGACGCCUGCUCCAGGAGUCUGAUCUCUACCGAGUCCACUUUCUGAUGGACAGGACCCGGGGCGCCGGGCUGCCCCUGGAGAGUGCCAUCCUGCAUGGGAAGCUGGAGCAGCACGAGGAGGCACUGCGCAUCCUGGUCCACGAGCUGGCGGACUUCCCAGCGGCAGAGGACUACUGCCUGUGGCGCUCUGAGGGCCGGGACCCGUCCUGCCGCCAGCGGCUGUUCCACCUGCUGCUGGCUGUCUACCUGGGCCCCGGCCCUGCCGCGCCCGAGCGGACCGUGGCUGCCGUGGACCUGCUGAACCGCCACACCGUGGAGUUCGACGCGGCCCAGGUGCUGCAGCUACUGCCGGGCACGUGGUCGGUGCAGCUGCUGCGCCCCUUCCUGACGGGUGCCAUGCGGGACAGCAUCCACGCCCGGAGGACCACGCAGGUGGCCGUGGGCCUGGCCAGGUCUGAAAACCUCAUCUACAAAUACGACAAGAUGAAGCUCAAAGGAAGCGCCAUUCGACUCUCAGACAAAAAGCUUUGCCAGAUGUGCCACAACCCCUUCCUCGAGCCUGUGUUCGUUAGGUACCCCAACGGCGGUCUCGUCCACACCCACUGCGCGGCCAGCAGACACACGGAGCCCAGCUCCCCCAGCGCCGGGGCUCGGACUUGA